AUGAUAGCCUCACAGCCACCUGAUCCUUCCCAAGACAUUGCAUCUCAUAUCGACCGCAAAGAUGACCCCAUUGACGACUUGCAAUUUGAACCUGACGAGUUCUCUGAAGAAGACGUGUUGCCAUUCCUGUUACAGGCACAAGACAUUAUCGCAAAGUUGGAAUCGAGAGUCGUCGAUCUAGAAACGGACUUGUCGACGAUCCAUAGGAAAUAUGAGCAUGAUCGACACGAUUGGCUGGUUGGAUUAUCACAAAAAGAUCAAUACAUCCACCAUCUUUCCAACAAGUUACAACGACUCGAGUUUAAUGGAAAAGAAGCCAUCUUGCUGUUGACGGAUACAUUGAAUGAUACACAACUUGAUGAAUCCACACAAUCCAAUUUGACACUUGCAUUGAAUUAUCUUCGACAAGCUCAUCUCACUUCUACACCACCUGCUGAUCCACCGGUGGAUUUCCCUGAUAUUGCAGGAGAUGAUCUUGAAGAGGGUGAAUUGGAACGGCGUGCUGCUGCUGCAAAUGAAUGGCGAAAACAAGAGGAUCCUGCAGGGUCGUUGCGUGUUUCACAGUGGGCUCAACAACAGCUACUUGUUGGAUUGGAAUCAUCCACCCAAGAUGGAUCUCAAAUUGAUGCUGAACAAUUUUCUACAACCACAUCUCUUUCAUCCAUGACACGAAUGCCAUCCAAUGAAGGUCAACCACCCGUCAACAAUAACAACAACAACAACAACACUAUCUCAACGCGUGGUGGUGGUGGUAAUGGUACUAGUAGUGGUGUACCCUUGCCAUCCGAGAAUACGUUCUGUGGCAACUGCAGGCAGCUACUUGCACAGCUAGAUCAGCAAAUUGAGCAAAAAGCAUACAUGAAACGCGACUUGAAUAAUCUUGCAUCGGCACUUUCUGAUGAGGAGCAGCUACGAUUCAGCGUGGAAGAAGUCAAGGAAUCUUUGGAGGAGGAUAUUCAAGAUGUGACAACAUCGUUGUUCAAGGUGUUGAAUUGUAUUUUGAUGGAUGAGGUGAUGGAUCGUGAAGGCCUCGUACAACUGGAUCGGGAAACCAACGGAAAGCUUGCCGAUGUACUCCGAACUUGGGAUGUCAGGGAGGAACGCCUGCGUGAAAUCAAGGAGCAACUUGUCGAGUUGGAUGCAGCUGUGCACCAAAGUAGCAACGCUUCCGAUCGACUAAAUCAUUAUGCACGCGAUGAAACAACCACUACAGCAAUGCCACGUUUGAGUAUGAUUCGACAUAAUCCUCGCUUCUCUUCUCCAGGAUCACCUUUGGUGCCUUUAAGCGAAGAUGAAAGCACUCAUGGUAUUUUGGGUAGCUCUACAACCAAUCGCCCUGUUCGUAUCGAUGGCCUUGUAUUCGAUGAAUUCCAGGAGCACGUCAAGACAUUGUCAGCAUCAUCAUCUCAUCUUGCUAGUAUGUCAACUCGAUUCAUGAAACGGGUGCUUGCCGAAGAUGUGGAUCCAUGUCUAUUUCAAAACACGACUUCGCUUUGGUGGAAAUCUCCAUGGUUCAAACGCAAAUUGACAGACGCCAUCGCCCAUAAUCGAUGCGAGAUUCAAUAUUGGAAUUCUCACAACACAUCCUCUUCGGCACUUUCAUCAUCAUCCUCUUCUUGUUCACCUGCUACAAGCCAUAUCAGCACCUCUUCAGCUAAUGGUGCCACUCAUCAUCAUCCAUCAGCACCUCGAACAAAAUGCACAUGUUGUGGCCACUUGCGUAUAUGCGAGUUCCGCAUGCGCUUGCAUGGUCAACCAUCUCAAAAGCCUGCUCCUUGGUUACCUCUUGAUCGUUUCUGCAGAGAUAGAAUCGUAGCCGUAUGCGAUUUUUACUCUUUCAUUUCACAUUUACGUCAAGGUCAUAUGCAAAAGUCACCCGUUCUACACAUGUUCAAGCAUUGCAUGCAUUAUCGUCGACGUAUGAGCAUCGCUCGUGUUGGUUGUCUCGAACUCUUUGAUGAUGACACCUCCUCACCCUCUCGUUUCACAUCACAAUAUCAAUCGAAGCGACGUUCUCGAAAACGUGAAAGUCUCGUCCUUGAUCAUUCUGGUAGUGGCAGUGAUUCUGGUAGCGUUGUAAGCAUCACGGAUAUUCAAGGUCUCGGUGGAACAAGCCAGAUUGUAAUCGUGCACUGA